UUUUUACAAUCUAUAACUGUUUUAACUACCCAUGACAGAUUGUUCAAUGGAUUACUUUCAACGAAACCAAUGGAAAAAAUAUAUACAUCUAAGGAACUAUAUCAUCGCGCACGAUUAAAAUAUGGAUACCAACAACCGAUUGAAAAAUCCAACUUUCCGUUCAACAGAAAGUAAGAAUAAACCAAGAAUGGGUGUGGACAGUGCUGGCUCCAGAUAUGCCCCUUCCACAGGGAUGACAGCAAAGCAACUGUGUGAAUAUGAUGACUUGGCCAACAGCGUGUGUCUGGAUGCAUACCUCGGGUUUCAGACACAUAAAAUGAACACAAAGUAUGUAAAACCUAAAUCAAAGACUGAGGCAGAAUGCAAAGUUAUCAUUGAGCGCUUCAAGCACCAUCAACAGUAUGAGAGAGCCUACAGUGAGAUGUUGGCAGUGGAUAUAGUCCGCAGCUUCCUUCUCAACAAAGAUCAAGGAGAGCAAGAAAUCUUCAGAAAUCAUAUUUUUCGGUAUUUGAAGAUGUUUGAUACACGAUCAGGAUUUGAGAUACAGACCUGUAGCCGCUACGCUAUGGAAGGGAACCUGGGUGGGAAGAUAUGUGCAACCAAGGAUUGGCUGAAGCAUGACAAGAUUGAAAUGCUUAUUGGAUGUAUAGCGGAGUUGACAGAACAGGAAGAGGAUGAACUAUUGACCCCAAACGUAAAUGACUUCAGUGUCAUGUUUUCGUGCCGUAAAAACUGUGCCCAGUUAUGGCUAGGUCCUGCAUCGUUUAUAAAUCAUGACUGCAGGGCAAAUUGCAAGUUUGUGUCUACAGGCAGGGACACGGCCUGUGUUAAAGUCCUGCGUGAUAUCAAAGCAGGGGAAGAGAUCACAUGCUUCUAUGGGGAAGACUUUUUUGGGGACAGCAACAGUUUGUGCGAAUGUGAAACAUGUGAAAGGCGUCGUGUUGGCUACUUCCGGCAUGCUGAUCCCCGCAGUCCAGAGAUAGAGAAGGGCUACAGGCUGCGUGACACGGAUGAUCGACUACAUCGCAUGAAGAGUCAGGCUCAGGUCCAUCGCUCGUCAUGUGUCGGGGUGAACAAGACCAUGAAUGGAAACGAAAACUGGGAUAUUCGAGAUGGCAAUUUAAAGAAGCAGGCACACCUUCUGUCUAAAGCUGAACUCAAGCGGAGAGGCAUCACUCGCUAUGAUGCUGAGAUUAUCUUGGCUCAUGGGCAUUCUCUACCAGAACCCAAAGUGGACCUUGGUGAACAAAUACCCACAUGUGUUGAUAAAAAUGCCCCGGUGAAAGUUUCUGAACUACGUCUGUCGCCAAGAAAGCAUGUGUCGUCUCAGUCAUAUCUGAAAAGUCUCUCUCCAGAUUCAACAAUUGAACAUAGGAGUACAAAAAAUAGGAUUCUCAGUAAUUCUAACAAGCCUGCUUUUGUUAAGGGUCCAUUAUCAGACAUCACUGAUCAAAAAUCUAAAUUAGAUAAACCUUUAUCUCAUUUGAAGUCACAAAAUUAUGUUCACCAGAAUCCGUGCAUUCGUAAAAAGUUAUUACAAGAAUCGCAGCACAUAAAAACCAGGCUACCUCUUAAACUAGACAUCAACAGUGUACAACAAUCAGACACUGACAGUUUAAAUGAGGCUGGCGGGGAGCUUCGGCAGAGUUCUCGGCUGAGAAGCAGUAAAUGUGCUCCAAAACUGGACCAUGACCAAGAUAAAAUACGAAGUGAAGAUUAUGUAGGUUCUUCUAAAGUGAUACAAACUGUGGACCCAGAAAUUACGUUUCAGCUGAAAAGCCACAGUACCUCUAGAAAUAUAUUCACACAGCUUCAGUUAGACGUGUCAGGGGAAAGCGGGCCAGUAUCUUCAGAGGAAGCUGGCACUAGUUGUGAGGACACUCAGGGGGGAUAUUCCAGUGAUCUAGGGAAGGCUUGUCCGGCACUGGUAGAGAGACUGCAUACCCGGCCCUCAGACAUGCCUCACUUGAUGCCUUACGACUCUGACCCCUCUGACAACCCAGCCGUGUUUGUGAACAGCAGGGCCAGUCCCAAGUUGGAGGCAUUCAAAGCAUCCAAGCAGACCAGGAAUGAUGCGGGAAGCCUAAAGAAUGGCAAACAAAAACGGCGGCAGUCAGUUAUGAGAAAGAGUAAAGCAUCUAAAAGACAAGCUCUAAGAAGUAGAAGAAGACUCGAAAGAUGUGAAGAGUCAAUGGGUUUUCAAGAAAAAGGUAUAAGAUCAGUGGAUAUUGUUAGUGACAAUGUGUUUGAACGCAUUGGAUCAUUGAAUGGUGUCUGUUUGGAUUCUAGUGAUGUAGGAGAGAACAGUGAGGAUGCAGAUGUUGAUGUGGAUAGUCUAGGGGAUGGCAAGACAAUCAACGGCCAUAGUGAAUCUGGCAAAUGCUUUUCAGAAAAUAUUUUUCAAUCGAAGGUUAGGAAACGUAGGCAAAGCUUACCAGAAACAGAAACAAAUAAAUUUGGGAAGUCAAUUAGGAGUAAAUUGAAUUCAUUGGGUGGGAGUUUAACUCCGUACAAGCAUUUGUUCUCUCCACCGAAGAAAGUGCCGAAGAUCACAAUAAAGAUGCCUCGGGACCCAGUUCUAGUGAAGGAACUUGAAAAUUCAGGGAGCUCCUGUGUACACUUUAAGCUGGAACCACUGGCCGGCUCCCUUCACGGGUCACCAGAAGCCAGCGAGGUCAGUGAUUCUGAUGAGGAGGAAAGUCCGUUGAAUUGUACAAAGUUCCGACCAUAUAUGGAUGCCAGUUCUCAAAGACGCCGGCAAAAUGGCUUUAAGAGCAGUCCACGAACUUUGUUUACAGAAGAUCCUAGUGAUGAAAUCAUCAUAUGUCCAAAAUUGAUGAAAAUAAAGUAUGGGCACAGUGGGGAACAAGUGAAUAUUAAUAUACCAAGGCCUGGCGCCUCUCUAUCAUGAGCUUUUAAUUUAGUUAGAUUCAUUAUUGGACAUAAAUAGGGCAAAUAGCAAUGUAAAGUAAUUUUAUAUUUAGGAUACUUGUGAAAGUGAGGUUGCUUCUUAAUUGUCAUUUAAUUUAUUUAUCAAUGUAAUUUAUAAGGAAAUCACAAUUUUUAUUUAGUAUUGUGUGGUCAUAUAUAGCCAUUCUACAGAAGGCUUAUUGGGUGCAUGGCAGAGUAAGUCCAAUAGUUUGUUGUCACCAAUGGCAUCAUUUUCUGGAAAACUGGGACUGUGAAUUUGUUUUUCCAGCAUUGUCAACAUUUAAAUUACUAGAUUGUUAGAAGGAAUGGACAAUAUCCACCUUGCUACUUUAAGUACAUGUGUCAAUAUGUAGAUACCUUAGUUGUGUUUAUUAUGUGAACACAUUUUAUUUAUAAAUUGAGGUACUGAAUGUUUGUAACACUUGGGAGAUUUUGAUUUGACAAGAAAGUAUCUAAUGACAAGUGUCAUUCAUAGUACAUGUAGCUUUUUGUCUUUGAAUUUGCUACAAUGUUCUCAAAAGCUUUCAAUGCAUAGUUUAAUAAUGCUUAUAAAUAUGUUACACAAUUUAAGCAAAUUAAAAAAAAACACAUACACUUUCCAGAAAUGUUUUUGUUCUUAAAAUGAUAAUAAAAUAAUUCUUUCAUUAAACAUUUCAAAUCUGCAGGCUAUUGAAUAAGCAAUUUUCUGUCUGUAUAGUCCUUCACUAAAAUUGCUUGGAUUUAUUUUAUUUGAUAUGUGAAUUAACCCCUUCAGAUUGUGUGUUAUGGUUACCUUUGCUGUGCUUGCUGUCACAAUAUGCGCUGGAAUGACUAGCUCUUUAAGUGCUGGAACCGAAUUUCGAAGGCCUUUGCAAACAGUUUGGAUCCAGAUGAGACGCCACAGAACAUGGCGUCUCAUCAGGAUCCAAACUGUUUGCUAUUCUGAUAGUAUUCUUUGAAAAAAAUAUAAGAAAAUGCUAAUUUUAGAAAUUCAGCAGACGACAUUUUAGCAGACAACUAAUUUCCCAGCAUGCAAAGGGCUAGGAGCCUGGCUCUGACAAAUUAGGCAUUAUGCAUAAAAUAUUGUCAGUGCAGGAUUAUCAGUGAUUACACUCUCUGCACGUAUGAUUGUUUUUUAACCCUUUGCAUGCUGGAAAAUUUGUCGUCUGCUAAAAUGUUGUCUGCUGAAUUUCUAAAAUUAGCAUUUUCUUCGAUUUUUUUCAUAGAAUACUAAUAGAAUAGCAAACAGUUUGGAUCCUGAUGAGACGCCACAUUUUGUGGCGUCUCAUCUGGAUCCAAACUGUUUGCAAAGGCCUUCAUCCAGUUUAUGUGAAAAGGGUCGUCAUUGAUGAGCCUGUGCUUGACUACAAAGGCUAAUAUGGAACAGCACAAUUCACACUUGCAUUAAGCCCUGUGUUUUCUGGAACGAAGUUUGACUCUUGAUUCUAUUGUUGAAUGAAGUUUACAGUGUUCAAUUGUAAGUUUGUAAGCAUGAUGAUGAUGUUGAUGUUUUAUCACUGCAUGCUGGAAAACUGUGAUGUACAAUCGUUAUGUUCAUAGUUAUAGGUAAAUUUGUAAACAUUGAAAAACACAUUUUUAUUAAAAUAAUCUAAUUGUU